GAUCACUUUGCAAUGUGCAUAAUUCCUUGAUGUGGUUGUCACAUAUCCCUACAGGCCAAAACUCUUUGUGCAUGUGGACUUCACUUACGGAGUUAUCAAUUGUUGCAUUACUCCAUCAAUCAGUUGUAGUGAAAGUUGACGUUUGUUUUUCACAUUGGCACAAUCAAUUGUUUGCACUUUAUGUCCCAAUAUCUGGUGGAUAUUAGACGACAAAGCAACCAAUAACAAUAGAAAUGUUCUUCGUUUCCUUCUUGUGGAAGUAGAGUGUCGGUGUGGUGUGGUUAGCAUAUACGAGGAUUCCUUGAUACUAUAAAAAGAAACAACUAUUUGUAAUAUGAAAGUGAGGUGUGAGUCAUUGAGAUAACACACAAUUCACCCGCUUCCAAUCCACUAUAGUUGGAUUAGGAGAUACAUACCUCCCUCUUUCCCAAAUCAAGGUCCAACCACCCACUUUUCCAACCCAACUAAAUGCCAUGCUAGACUAGGUGAGAAAUGUCAAGGUGUUCUUCACCGUUAGUAAGACCAUACACCGAUCUUAGAUUGAUUUGUAUGAUUGUCAAUGUUAUACACUGGAUUGCAAGUUCAAUAAAGACGCAUGGUGCAUCUGUUGCCCACAAAGUAUAUCUGACGAAACUUCAUAUGAGAUUGUCAUUGGUUUUAACAAGAUCGAUCUUCAUUCUUCAAUAUAUAUCAUCCAUCCUACCCUCUCCCAAUUUUUGCACCCAUCGAGUGGACCACCUCCCGCUCAGUGAAACACACACAUCACUUUUGUCAAGUUUGAAAGGCAUACAUCACUCAUUCUUCUUCCACGUCUACUCUACGUGUACAUUAUGACAAUUGACACAUUUUGUAUGCAUGUCUUCUAGCACCUCUAACGUUUUGUUCAUAAUCAAACGUUAUUUGCUUAAGCACGUCAGUUUUCUAGUCAGCCCUUUUCGAGGAAAUGUAAGUAAUUUAGUAGGGAAAGUGAAAAGCCAAAGAGAGAUGCAUUGAAGUUAAAGUGAGUGAGUUUCGCAAGUGGCCAACUCACCAACUCGGGCAAAAGGCAACGGUAACAUUUCAGAAAAGCGUUUGGAAGAGGAACAGAGUUUGCUGGAGGACAUUUUCGGCAUUACCAGAAAAGUUAACGGCAACUUCAUUUCACACCUCUCUCUCUCUGCAAAUCAAAAAGCAAAAUCGCUACAGUCAUUUCCCCCCGCAAAAAUCCAAUCCGAAAUUAAUAAAAACAUCCACCAAACAGAAUCACUGUCUCUUUCCCCCUCUCUCUCUCUCUCUUCACUCUCUCACUAGAAAGCCACAAUCUUUUUAAGUGGGCGGCAAGUGAAGUGGCUACUUCUUACUUCUUAGACCUCUCUCUCUCUCUAGUUCUUCAACUGUCCCUUUCUACCUCUCUACUUUCUCCGCCGAAAACCCCUUUUCCCUACUUCUCCAUCUCCAUCUCCUCUGGUUUGGGUUUUGCAGAGUAAGGUUUAGUUUUGAUCCAGCAGAAAAAAAUGGCUGCUCCAAAGCCUGAAGAGAUAAGUCACCCGGCAAUGGACCAGCUUCAGGGUUUGGAAUACUGUAUUGACUCCAAUCCUUCUUGGGGGGAGUCAAUUGCUUUGGGUUUCCAGCAUUACAUUUUGGCUUUAGGAACCGCCGUUAUGAUUCCUUCCUUCCUUGUCCCUUUGAUGGGCGGUGACCAUGGGGAUAAAGUCAGAGUGGUACAGACUCUACUGUUUGUUGAAGGGAUCAAUACCCUUAUUCAGACUCUGUUUGGGACGCGCCUUCCCACCGUGAUUGGGGGAUCCUACGCCUUUAUGGUCCCAAUCAUGUCGAUAAUUCACGACCCUGCUUUGACCAGAAUAGAGGAUGAUCAUUUGAGGUUUUUGAGCACCAUGAGAGCUGUACAAGGUGCUUUAAUAGUAUCAUCUAGCAUUCAGAUAAUUCUGGGAUACAGUCAAUUGUGGGCCAUUUGUUCCAGGUUCUUCAGUCCACUUGGGAUGGUUCCAGUCAUUUCUUUGGUGGGUUUUGGACUAUUCGACAGAGGCUUCCCUGUGGUUGGUCGUUGUGUGGAAAUUGGCGUUCCCAUGCUCAUCCUAUUCGUAACAUUCUCUCAGUACUUGAAGAACUUUCACUUCAGGCAAUUGCCAGUACUAGAGCGGUUCGCGUUGCUAAUAUCGGUGACUGUAAUAUGGGCAUAUGCACAUCUCUUGACAGCAAGUGGUGCAUACAAGCAUCGUCCAGACCUUACCCAGGUCAACUGCAGAACUGACAGGGCCUACCUCAUUUCUGCUGCUCCAUGGAUUAAGAUUCCAUAUCCAUUGCAAUGGGGAGCCCCAACUUUUGAUGCUGGCCAUUGCUUUGGGAUGAUGGCUGCUGUUAUAGUCUCACUCAUUGAGUCAACUGGGGGAUACAAAGCUGCCUCGAGGCUAGCUAGUGCCACGCCACCACCAGCUCAUGUGCUUAGCCGGGGAAUUGGGUGGCAAGGAAUUGGCAUACUACUUAGUGGCAUGUUCGGAACGAUGAGUGGCUGCACAGUAUCCGCAGAAAAUGUGGGUUUGCUUGGCAGCACUCGUGUUGGCAGUCGAAGAGUUAUUCAAAUCGCAGCUGGUUUCAUGAUCUUCUUUUCAAUUUUGGGGAAAUUCGGAGCACUAUUUGCAUCAAUACCAUUCCCAAUAUUUGCUGCUUUGUACUGUGUCCUGUUUGGUCUUGUUGCAUCUGUUGGUUUGUCGUUCUUGCAAUUCACAAACAUGAACUCAAUGAGGAACCUGUUCAUCGUCGGAGUUGCCUUGUUUCUUGGCCUGUCUAUUCCUGAGUACUUCAGGGAAUACACUUCCAAGGCCUUCCAUGGACCAUCUCACACGAAAGCUGGCUGGUUCAAUGAUUUCUUGAACACAAUCUUCUUCUCAUCCCCAACCGUGGCGUUGAUAGUAGGAGUGUUCCUCGACAACACACUUGACUACAAGGACAGUGCCAGAGAUAGAGGAAUGCCAUGGUGGGCUAAAUUCAGAUCAUUCCAAGGAGACAGCAGGAAUGAAGAAUUCUACACUCUACCCUUCAACCUCAAUCGUUUCUUCCCUCCGUCCUGAAAAGUUUAAUCAAGAAGAAUCAGUUGCAGCGGAUUUUCGCUCAGGGUUCGGUUGCUUGCUUGCUUGCUGGUUUGUUAGAGGAAAAACAUCAUUUCCAGUUAAGAAUUGAUUGCUGCUGAGAGAGUAUAGCAAGGGUAGUAGUUCGAACUCUUAACACCCCAUCUAGGAUUUUGCUUUCCAGGAGACAAGAAUAAGCUAUUCUGCUUUUU